AUGUUUGGCAUGCUGACAGAGACACAAGCUCAACAAGAAGAGAGACUACUGGAUGAAGAGGAGAAAAUAGCUCCCACGGCCAUCUACGACCUCGAACUGCUCAGAGAAUGCAAAAGCAGCCGUAGAAGAUGGAAGUUCUUUUGCGUGCUUGUGUUUAUUCUGACUUUCACAAGUGUUGCUCAGCUGUAUUUGAGUCUGUCGGAGUUCAAAAAUCAGCUUCUCAUCACAACGUUGAAUAGGGUCAAAAGUGCAGAGUUAACCAAAGAUAUUGACAUUAUCCCUAUCCACUCCCACAAUGAUGAAUGGAGACGUCUUCCAUUAUAUGACGCUUUGAAAGUUGGUGCACAGAGCGUCGAGGCAGACAUUUGGUAUUUUGACUCUGAUCCUGAGACUAUAUUUGUUGGGCACAACAAAGUGUUUUUGUCGUCCAAGUGGAAUCUUGAUGAUAUGUACCUGAAUCCUCUUUUCUCCCUGAUAGGACAGAACAACAUUGCCAAGAGAUUCGAAGAUGAAAACGUUUCUACACGCAGGAACGGAAUCUUUUACAACAACUUGCACCAAACCCUGUAUUUCUACUUAGACAUCAAAUCUAAUGGUGAGAAGACCAUGGCCGCCUUGGAAGACAAGUUGAGUCACUUUAUCAAUAAUGAGUAUCUUUCCUAUUACGACUCAGAAACCGAUGAGUUUGUGGAAGGUCCUAUAACAGUCAUCAUUACAGGAAACUACCCGUACGAUUUCAUCGUCUCCAAGACUAAGAGAUUCUUCUUUAUUGAUGCCCCACUUUUCAAGUUUAAGGAUGAUGAAGAAUUAGCCAAGUAUAACCACAGUUCUAUUUCUUUGGCCUCUUCAGCCUCACUAUAUGAGCUAACAGAGUCUCGUAGGGCUCUUGGAGGCGUGUCAGGCCUGAGCGAGUCUCAGGUUGAAACGAUAUCUUCUUACAUCGACAUUGCACACAAUAACGACAUCAAAGUCCGGGUUUGGGAAACACCUUCUUGGCCAAUCAGAACUAGAAACGAAGUGUGGAAGCAGUUGAUCACUCUUGGAGUUGAUACUCUCAAUGUUGACGAUCUUUAUGCCGCUACGACGUUCUUUUGA